AUGUCUGACAAAAAGUGGUUCAAAACGGAAAUGGGGAAGGCAAACUUGCCCUUCGACACGAAUAGUCUCGAACGACUUGCCACACAGCUCAAAAUCAAGGGCCCAAUCAUCAAAGAAUUUGACAAGACGGAAAUGUUACAAGAGAUGAACCUCUUACACAAACGUCCGGACGAAAAGCGUUUGAACCAGAUCUUUGAUGAGGCUAAGAAACAUGCUCCGUUCGGUAAAAAAGCGAUAGAAGUCAAGUUCAGCGACAUCCUUGGUUGGGGCUCGGGUUCCACCGUCCAACAGUCAUAUUUCCUGACCUUGAAUGUCUACUUCAUGUUGACGACCCCAAACGAGCUAUGGAACCCCAAAUCGAAGCUCGGGGAGCUUCUCGCCUUAACCCCCCAUGUCAAGAACAAGUCGGUGAACAUGCUCUGCAAAUUUGGGGACUUGGAGGCAUACCUCGACGAUAUUUCCAAGUAUGAGUCCGGCGAUUCUCCGUUGAGGAACAUCUACCUGGGGAUCUUUUCUUUAAUUCGCAAGGCUCAGCUUCGCGGUGUCCUUCGCCAGACUGGAGGUCGUCGCCCGCAGACUCGAAGUCAGACUGCGGCAACGAACAGUGGGAAACGUGGAGGCAAACGCAGACGUAUACGCCCUUCCAUCAAACAUAGGAAUAAACGCAAGAGAGGUCAUUCGCCCACGGAAUCGAAGAAUAUUGAGCUGGCAACUAGCAAGGUGGCAGAUAUGUUCUCCAAAUUGAACCUGAGCGACAAAUACCCCCAAUUCGGUUCGAAUAUCCGUGAGCAUGUGAAAGAGCGAUCCGAUGAGACCGAGAGUUCCACGGGCGCUUCAGCAAUUUUUCGAGACCUUGAAGUUAAAUCUGCCAGGCCUUCAGAGAGUGUCGAGUUGCCAACAGCGGAGGAUCCCGUCAACGCAACAUUCGUCGAAUUGUUGCGGGCUUUCUGCAUGGCGAUUCCGACACCGCUGGAGUGGACAAGUAGCAAGCCCCCAUUCACAAUGACUCGGGGCAAAGCACGAAUCACCGCGGUCGCAGAUGGACAGCUGAGUCAAUUACCGGAUUCCAAAGAGUUUUCCCACGCAAUACUUGAGGUCAAGCCAAACGUCCUUCGGUCGCGCUACUUCGGAAAUAUCCUAAGGCAGGUUGGCUUGGAAAUGGUCACUUGGAUCUACCACUGCAACGAAGCCGGCAAGCCACUUCCACGAUAUGUCAUACCUUGCCAAUUCGGUAUUGAGGCGUGGAUCUUCGUCGCUGAGUGCUCGCCUGCUUAUCUGGAGUUUUUGAAAAGCGGAGGUGCACAACCCGCGCGGGCUUGUCUCCCCAUCCACCUUUGUGGUCCUUUCAAUAUUUAUGACUAUAAGGAUAUGUUCGCCUUCGGUGUGGGUAUCUAUGCACUCACUCUUCAGAUCACCAAUGAUGAGUUUCCGAAUUAUGGUAAGGUGAAUUAG